AUGAGAAAUCUAGAGUUUCAGUUGGGUCAAACUGUAGGGGCACAGAAUACAAGACCUCAAGGAGCAUUACCUAGAGAUACAGAGACAAAUCCCAAGAAAGUAAAUAUAGUUACAACAAAGAGUGGGCUGCAAACUAAGGAGACAGUUCAGGAGCUGAUUAGUCCUAUAACUAUUGAUGAUUGUACCAAAGACAAUACAGAGAAGGAAAUAAAAGAAAAAAUUACAAGUGAUGAAAUUCAUGUAGACAAGAAGACCCUUUUCUUACCCUUUUCUCAAAGGGCAAGGAAGUAUCAAGAGGAGGAUAUAGUUGCAAAUAAGAAACGGUUGACCGAGUAUACUAUACUUGCACUUACUCAAGAGUGCACGUUAAAGAUUCAAAACAAAUUGCCUACGAAGCUUAAAGAUCCGGGUACUUUUACCUUGCAGAUUACCAUUGAACAGACUAUUUGUGCACGUGGAUUGUGUGACUUGGGAGCUAGCAUAAAUUUUAUGCCCACAUCGUGGUACCGAAAGAUGGGUCUUGUGAGUUCCAAACCCACUACUAGUAUUUUACAGCUGGCAGAUAGAUCACUUGUCAGGUCGGAUGGUAUUAUUGAGGAUGUUUUGGUGCAAUUAUUGUUGUCUGAUGAUCCAUUAGAGUGA